GCCAUCAAAUCCGCGCCAAUUACCACCGAACGACUUCCAUACGUCCCUUCAUCAAACGACCGUCUCCUCGAUCCAGGUGUCGCCCGCGCAAACUCAGCUCCCACGCAGGAACAUCCUCACGGCACGCAAGGCACCUGGCACGAACAACACAAGAACCAAACCGUCCUCCAACAACACUGCGCCUAUUUCGAUCCGGACAACGACGGCAUCAUCUGGCCGCUCGACACAUACCGCUCCACUCGCGCAUGGGGCUGGAGCAUACUCCUCGCAGCCAUCGCCGCUUCCAUCAUUCACUUCGGCCUGUCGUACCCGAGCAACCCAUCUUGGAUUCCGGACCCUUUCUUUCGAAUUUGGACAUCUCGCGUACACAAGAAUGCUCAUGGGAGUGACAGUCUGUCCUACGACAAUGAAGGUCGCUUCCGUCCGCAGCUUUUCGAGGACAUGUUCUCCAAGUACGACGUGGAGGGCAAAGGAGGGUUGAGCAUUGGCGAUUUGUUGAGAUUCCACAAAGGACAGAGGAAUGCGUUCGACUUCUGGGGUUGGAGUGCGACGGCAUUGGAGUGGACUGCGGUAUAUUUGCUGUUGUGGCCGGAGGAUGGCAUCGUGAGGAAGGAAGAUGCUAGGAAGGUGAUGGAUGGGAGUAUCUUC